AUGCGGGAGGGCGAGCUCGCAGACCUGCAGAAACGGUUCUUCAUGAGCAAUGCCACCCUGGUCAUCACACCUCCAAACCUCUUCGAGCAGUGGCUCGGCGAGUUCAAGAAGUUCAUGGCCCCUGAGGCGUUCGAGAAGUGCAGGAUCAUAGAGAUCCCGCACAUACACCGCCUUAACAAGCUGUCCGUCGAGGACUUCGCGAAUGCGGAUGUGGUCAUCGUGCCGUACCGGUUCUUUUUCUCGGGGGUGUACGACCGCUACUUGGACGAGACUAUCGGGCGCACCGGCGGCCAGAUGGACGACGGCCGCAAGGACGACGACUUCCAGACGAAGCGCUACGGCAUCCUGCGGGACUUCCUGUCCGCGCUCCUCGCUGACAGCGCAGCGAAGGUGGCGGCAAAUCCAGGAGCUGCGAAGGAGACCGCGGCGGGCCAGAAGCUGCCCGUGGACGUGCUGGAGCGCAUGGCGCCGACGCUCGAGGCCUUCUACUGGAGGCGUGUCGUCUUCGACGAGUUCCACGAGGUGAUGAGCAUCCGCGAGGGGCGCCCGUUCCAGGCACUCCGCCAGUGCUUCGCCAAGUUCCACUGGGGCCUGACUGCCACCCCCCCUCUCGGCAACUCGCGCGACGUGGCCGACAUGGCGUCGCUGCUUGGUGGUGGAAAAUGGGCACAUCUCCAUCUCGCCCCUCAGCCGGCGCGAGUCCCAGCACUUCCUCGACGAGUGGGUGCGAUCAUCCAGCUGGGACACCAGCACCAUCCCGCUCGAGAACCGCGUCAUCGAGGUCCGGCACACCCGGCAGGAGAGCGGCUGCUUUACCUGCACCAGCGCAACGAGGCCAUCGCCGCGUCCAAGGGGGGCAAGAUGACCUUCGCGCAGGAGGAGCACCUGCUGCAGCUCUGCAGCCACUACUCCCCCAACGGCGAGGUCGGCGACGGCGACGGGCACGGGGCCACCACAGCGACCUACACCCUGAAGGUAGACGGGGUCAAGCUCGAUUCGGUUCACCACUGCAAGAAGCGAGCCAAGUGGUGUGGCAAGUGGAUCUGGCAAUGCCAGCCGACGUGCGUCUCAUGA